CUAACAGAAAAUCUCUCUCCUCUCUCUCUCUAUCUCUCUCUCAUUCUCUCUCUCCAUAUUGUCCUCAAUUCCAAUCCCCUCUAAGGACACACAUCCUAAUCCUUCCAUCAUUAUUAAUGGCAUCCUCUUCUCUCUUCGCCUCCUUCUCCACCGCCUCCUCCCACCAGCAGUCUAACGGCCUGUGACUGUGACCGCGACUGCGAGGAGAGUCGCCUCUGCGUCGUCGUCGUCGUCGUCGGUCGGUCGGUCGGUCGGCUUCUGCUCCUCUCCGUCCCACAAUGCCGACGCCGUCGACACAACUCGCCGGCCUCGGGAAGCACUCAGCCGCCGCCGCCGCCGCCGCCGCCGUCGGCGACAAUGACAAGGGUGUCAAACGAUCUUCCGGUAAACUGAAGAAGGCCUUCAAAAAGGCGAUGCUCGGUAACGUCGUCAUCAGGGCCUUCUUCAAGAACAGGUCGCGCCGUCCCAGGAAUCCCCCCGAACUUGUCGCCCAAACAACCUCGUUGCUCAAUGGCCUCAAUUCCUUUGACGAUCACGCCGCCGGUAAACGUUUCCACAAGAUUGCGGAAAUAGACACUCAUAUUAGGGAUAUAAAAUCAAUUCUAUACGGCAGCAGUGAAUCUGAGCCUGCUGCUGAAGCUUGCGCCCAACUGACUCAGGAGUUCUUUAAAGGGAAUACAAUGCGGCUCCUUAUCCUUUGUCUUCCCAAGUUGAAUUUGGAGGCCCGUAAGGAUGCCACCCAAGUUGUUGCGAAUUUGCAAAGGCAGCCUGUUAACUCGCGCUUGAUUGCUUCUGACUACUUGGAAGCCAACAAAGAUCUUGUGGAUCAUUUGGUAUCUGGAUACGAGGAUUCAAGCCUUGCUUUGCACUAUGGAGCAAUGCUGAGGGAGUGCAUCCGGCACCAGGUUGUUGCCAGGCAUAUCUUGAUGUCAGAGCAUGUCAAGAAGUUUUUUGACUACAUGCAACUUCCGGAAUUUGAUGUUGCUGCAGAUGCCGCAACUACUUUUAAGGAGCUUUUGACCCGGCAUAAAUCAACAGUGUCAGAAUUUCUUUCUGAAAACUACAAUUGGUUUUUCACUGAAUUCAACUUUAAACUUUUGGGAUCACCAAAUUAUAUUACCAGAAGACAAGCUGUGAAGCUUUUGGGUGAUAUUUUACUUGAUCGUUCAAAUUCUGGUGUGAUGAUACGCUAUGUCAACUCAUUGGAUAAUUUGAUCAUAUUAAUGAAUCUUUUGAGGGAGACGAGCAAGCCCAUCCAGCUAGACACCUUUCACGUGUUCAAGCUCUUUGUGGCUAAUACAAAUAGACCGCCCGGCAUUUCCAGCGUGCUUGCUAACAACAAAGACAAGCUCCUCCGCCUCUUUGUAGGCUUGAGGACCGACAAAGAGGAUGAAGUAUUCGAGGCGGACAAAGCUCAGAUCUUGAAAGAAAUCGGUGAACUGGAACCACCGCGGCAGUGUGGAGAUGUGUAUAAGCUUCCAAGAACACCAUUGUGCUCCGGAGAACUGCAGCACGAUGUUUGUCCAUUGCCUCUGCCUGAAAUGAAUGAUAUGGUCGCCUAAAAAAUAUAUAUAUAUAUAUAUAUUUUGUAUUUAAAAACACCGUUCCCUGUUUCUGAUAAUUGGAUUUACCCGUUGUCAUAUUCGGAAGGGAAAGGGUGGUAUUCUUUAAUUUCUUUUUAUUUUUUAAUUUUUAAUUUUUUAAUUUUUUUUUUCCUGUUAUGAGGACUCGCCUUGUUCUUUACCCUUGUAAUUCUUCUAUUUGCUAUAAUAAUGUUUAUACGAGAAUUGG